AUGUUGGUCCGCCUCCCGCCCCUCGCGUUCGCUCUUGCUUUUGCAUCGCGCGCCUCCGCGGCUCUUCAUCAAGAAGUCAGUCAGAGUCUCCUAGACCGAGGUUUUGAUUACUUGAUCAUCGGAGCGGGUGCAGCGGGCGCUGUGUUGGCGAACCGUCUGUCGGAAGAUCCACACACCACCGUCCUUCUGAUCGAAGCUGGCUCCAGCGAUUUCGAGAAUCUCAAGAUCGAGGUGCCACAGGACGCGGUACAACUUUCGAACACGGUCUUCGAUUGGAACUUCACAACCAUACCUCAAGCCGGGUAUAAUGGUCGUACCGUCAAAUAUCCACGAGGUCAUGUCUUGGGAGGUUCGACUGCUAUUAAUCUUUUUGUCUACAGCCGUGGCUCUAGGGACGACUACGACCGGUGGGCGAACGUUACCGCGGACAGCGGAUGGACCUGGGACGCGCUGCAUGAGCGCUUUCUGAACUUAGAUGUAGUCACCCCUCCGGUCGAUGGCCACAACAUAAGCUUCCAGUUCGAUCCAGCCGUUCACGGAACAACCGGACUUUUGAACAUCAGUCUUCCGUCAACCCUCGUACCAGUGGACUUCAUCAGUAUGAACGCGUCUGCGGAACUCUCGAGCGAGUUUCCCUUCAAUCAAGACUACAAUUCCGGCGACCCUCUUGGCAUCUCAUGGGUACAGUCGACCAUCUUUGAGGGAGCCCGUUUCACCUCUGCAUCUGCCUUUCUCGUUCCCGCACUAGAGCGACCAAAUCUUGAAGUUGUCGUGAAUACGCUGGCUACGAAGCUAAUCCCGACAAAGAGGACAAAUGGAACGCCGGACAUCCGUACCGUGGAGCUUCUCAACUCAAGGACAAACAGGACCUUCCAGGUGACAGCGAAGUCCGAGUUGAUCUUGUCCGCGGGCGCGGUGAAGUCCCCGCAUCUUCUGCUUCUUGCGGGCAUCGGCGACGCUUCUUACCUCUCAUCCGUUGGCGUCACUCCGCUCGUUGAUCUCCCGGACGUGGGUCAGAACCUACAAGACCAUGUCUUCAUGCCCGUGUCUUGGAAUGUAUCGUCGAACAACACGUUCGACAACAUUCGCAACGAUGCCACACUCGCAGCUGAGCUACUUGAGCAGUGGAACACCACACGGACGGGUUUCCUUGCCGACGGCCCCAACAACGUCUUUGGCUGGCUCCGUAUCCCCGACAACUCAAGCAUCUUCUCAACGGCCAAAGACCCUAGCGCAGGCCCGACAAGUGCACAUAUCGAGCUGAUCUUCUCUGACGAGUUCGUGAGCAAGGUUCAGAAACCUCCUAGUGAGGGCAACUUCUUCACGAUCAUCGUCAACGUGAUCUCCCCUGCGUCGCGUGGCAACAUUACUCUCGGGUCACUCGAUCCGCUCGACAAACCCGUCAUUGAUCCCAACUUCCUCAGCGCACCCGUCGACAUCGAGAUUCUGCGCGAGGGUAUCAAGAUGGCUCGACGCUUCGUCUCGGCACCCGCAUUCGCGGACUACAUCGUGGCCGAGUUCGGCGACUUUGCAGAUGCGCUGACAGACGAGGAGAUCGAGGCGUUUGCUCGCGCGAACAGCGACACAGUUGAUCAUGUCGUCGCGACAGUGCCCAUGGGCCGUGCAGGGUGUACCGAGGCCGGGUGCGGCGCGCUUAACCCCGAUCUCACAGUCAAGGGGACGACGGGUCUGCGUGUUGUGGAUGCCUCUGCCUUCCCAUUCAUCAUAUCAGGGCACACGCAAGCUGCGACCUACGUCCUCGCUGAGCGCGCUGCAGACCUCAUCAAAUCAACAAAACAUUGA